AUGUCAACUGAAAAGAAGAGCAGACGUCGUUCAAUGUCAAGAACGAAGAACUAAUCUGUAUUUAUCUUCAAAUAAAAAUUGACAUUAGCAUAUUUAUCAUUUUGUUGAUGAUAAAUUCAAUCUCAAAGAUAAGACGCGUGCAAGAUGUAUGGAAUAACUGUUUUAAAUAGAUAGCUAUUCCAAAGUGAAAAGCGGGUAUUUGAAAGCUGUGUUUGAAAUAUUGCGCCAAAGUGAAGAGCGGCGAGACGCCAUCUAGCCCGAUGUGAUUCCCUUCGUGUGAUUCCUUUCGAUGGCGGCGUUGUUGCUGUAUGUGGACCCCUAUACAGCUGGCUACGGGGCAGUCAAAUGUCUCGUAAAGGAAUUCCCUCCGCUUGCAAGUCAAAACAAAUCCCGCGAAUCUUUCGUAAUCGGCGAGGUUUGUGCUCGGUCCGUAGUUGGCCGCAGGGAGAGGCCGGGAUCGCGAGCAGUCCGAUAGGUUACAAUCAAUUGAGUUUGCUGCCUGGUUCGCCGGAUGAGGACAAAAGAGAGGAAACGAAUAAAAAAGAAAAACAGGAGGAAGAGGCUAGGGACGACGAGGCUGUACGGUAUCGGGACAAGGUGUGGAUCGAGGAUAACCAAGCGACGAACGGUGGUCUCGCAAGCGAGUCGAACGUCGACGUUGAGAUCGGUAAAGCCGCCGAUGUCGAGACAGUAGCCGACAUCGAGAAAUGGUUGAAAACACGGUCGGAAUCGGUGUCGAGCAUGGAUCUCGACGCGAUCAAGUCCGGGGUCGAGGAGGGCGUCGACCGGUACCUGGGCGAGGAGCUCCAGCACGCUUUUCUGGAAAAGGACCCUGACGGCUUGUCGAUCGACAUUGACCUGUCUGACAAGAAGCUCAAUUUAGGUUAUGAUCCUUUGCUGCAAGAACUUCAGAGUGAGAAGCUGCUCGACGAGAAGGAUAGCUUUAUAUUGCCAGAAUUUCAGCUGGAUCAUUUGGAUCCGCUGGCGUUGUCCCCGGAUGACAUGAUGGUCGCUGGUGAGAUUUUACCCUCGACCAGUGCUCAACCUGCUUUGAGCGUUCCUAACAGGGAUGUCGAAGAGAUGUGUACAGAGAUUGUGCAAACCUCCCUGAUGAAGAAAGCCAUAACACCAGAUAACCAGGAAUUGCAAAACAAGUCUACCCAAGUUGUGGUGGAUGAUUUACGUUGUGUGGACAACACGAUUAAAGAAAUUGAUCUGCAGAAGGACAGUGGCUUGUGUGCUAAUGCUACGAAUCUCUAUGCGCAAGAUCUUAAUUCUGAGAACACAGUGGAUGAGCUGCAAGAUACAAAGUUGGAUGAAGAUGAUUCUGAUAGUACAGUAGUUGAACAAUUGAAAACAAAGGCUAAGGUAAAGCUAGAACCACGUAUUAUUAAGAAACGUAAGAAAAUGCCGGAAACAAUGGAAAAGAAAUUCAACAAUGAGAUUAGGAUAUCUGGGGACGAUAUUGUAGAUACUGAGGACGGUGUAAUGGCUGUGGUAGCCAUAUCGACGGAUAAAAUUUCAAAUAUGACACAAAUUGUUAUAAAUACCGGCACAGAGGAACAGAUCUAUCAAGGGAAAACUUCCGAGCUUAUAGAAGCUACAGGAAAUUUUCCAAAAUUACCAAAAAUUGAAACUUCGACUGUGUGGAAUGGAACGGUGGAACAUAGUGCAGAAAAUCCCAGUAAUCAACACGAGAUGAUAAUAUCCAAUGCCUUGGAAGAAUUAGGUAUCACAGAUGAUAACUUGCAACCAAUAUCUGUUAAUGAGCAUGGGAAAAUAUGGCUUUGCCCCCGCGACGAUUGCAAUAGACAAUUUAGCAAACUUUAUGCUCUGAAAGGCCAUUUACUAGCACACUAUGGUGUGAGACCCUUCAAGUGCGACUUUGAAGGAUGUGCCUGGGCAUUUUAUUCAGAAUUCAAACUUAAAAGACACAAAGAAACACAUUUAAAACGCAAAGACUAUGUUUGCGAGGUAGAAGGUUGUAAUCGCCGAUUCACUACGAUUUAUAAUUUGUGGAGUCACGCGAAAUUGCAUACCCGCCCAAAUAGAAUAGUAUGCCAAGUGCCAGACUGUCAAGAAAAGUUCCAGACGAAGAGAGCACUGGAACUGCAUAUGAAGACUCAUGAUCAAAGCCAUGCUCCGUACGUUUGCAAACACGAGGGAUGUGGCAAAAGGUACUACAGUAGUAACGCUUUAACGUCGCAUCAAAGAUGCCAUAGCUAUAAGGAAAUAGAUGUAAAAUGUUCAUGGCCAGGUUGUGGUAAAGUAUUUGAUAAGCCUUGUAGGUUGAAAGCGCAUAUACGUUCGCAUACAGGCUGUAAGCCCUAUCCUUGUACUUUUCAAGGUUGCCAGUGGGCUUUCUCUUCCUCUAGCAAAUUAAAGAGACACCAAAAGAAACACACCAAUGAACGAAAAUUUGUGUGCGAUAUUCCAUCCUGUGGAAAAGCAUUUAUGAGGUCAGAACAUCUCAAGGAACAUAGAUUGACUCACAAAGAGGGGAGGUACUUUCAAUGUUUUAUAUGUAAUGCAAAAUUUUCUGCAAAAAGUAGUUUGUACGUUCAUAUAAAGAAGCAUCAAGUUAAGGAAGAGGUAGAGAUAAAUUCGCACGACAACAUCAAUACUCGAUCCAAAAAGAUACCAUCGAUAAUAAAAUCAAAAAGAAAGUCAAUAAAUCUGAAUGUAAACGUAUCUUGUCUAAAUGCGCCUACGGUAACGAAAAAAUCUGAUCGCGAUGAUACGAUAAUUGAAAAUAACGAUGAAAAUCAAACUAAAAACGAUAUAGUGCCUCUACGAGAUCCAUCGAAGACCUUGUAUCAUUGUCCAGUUGAAACCUGUACGCGUUCAUAUACCACAAAGGCCACGCUAAGAGCACACAUGUUAAAAGUACAUGGCACUCCUGUUGAAGAGUGUAACAAAGCAGCUAAUAAAAUGCCUGAAGAUUCCGUUUGUAGCAUGGAUUACAUUUUGUAUACUACUCCCUCGGUAUCGGAGCCUUCAGAGCAAAUGAUAAUGGUAGCACCGUGCGAUGCGGUUAUUGUCAGUACACCCUCGGAAACAGAUCGCUCUCUUCCUGAACCGGAACCGCCACCUCUUAACAAUUUAAUAAAAACAUCGGAAUCUUCGUCAAACACUGCUACGCACAAGCAAUCAUCCAAUCAACAUGUAAGAAAAGAUCAGGGCUCCGCACGAACUGAUUUGACGUUUUCCGACGUGUGGAAAUUAAAGGCGAAUGGUGCUGUAUUAGAUUCGGUCGUCGGAGCAUCCGAUGUUGUAUUAGGUACAAGUGAAUUAGAAGAGGGUUUGUUGCUCACUGAGGAAUUGCCUUCAAUGUAUUAUCAAGACGAUGUAGUGGGAACAGAAUAUCAGGUACUGUUACUCGAUUCAGUAUCAUCAGAGAACACAAUAAAUCUACGGGGACUUGAGUAA